AAUUGAUUCUAGUGCCACCAUGUACACUGACAGUGUAUUAACAAUUUAAUUAGAUGCUAAUAUGACAGUAACAUACAAAGCUUAUACAUUGUCUAUUGGAGACAGAAGACGAGCGAAAAAAAAAAACUAUAACCACCAUUUUGUCAUUUUGUAAAGAGAAUCCACACACACUGGCGCACCUGCCUCACUCCCCUCUCUCUCUCUCUCUCUCUCUCUCUCAUUUUACUUUGCUACAAAAGUGGUAGAGGAGGAGCUCGAGUCCGGUGCUCCGCCCUUCCUGUCACCGCCCUUCGCUUCCUGGGCCGGUGCAGUGUGAUGGGAUGAAUCGCGUCUUUGUUGGAGAAACUUCGCUCGAGGCCGGUACUCCGCCCUUGGUGCCGACCCGGAGAUCAACAUAGGCCGCCGAGAUCUCCGGCGAGGGAGAUGGCGGCGGCGAUGGCGGCCGCCGCGUCUCGGAAUCCUCCGCACAGGCGUAAGAGCGGCUCGGCCUCUCCGAAUCGGGGAGAUCCCCUCAUCCCUCGCCGCUCGCCGCUGAUCCCUUCCGAGAAGGGCAAUGCCGGCGCUGCCGGCGGGAGGUGGACUCGGGCGAAGGAGAUCGAGUCUCGGUAUCUCUCGUCCUACGGUCCCGCCUCUUCGUUCUCAACCGUGACUUCGUUCUCUUCUUCGGGCUCUUCGUCGAGCGCGUGGCGCUCCCCGUCGCCGCUCCUGGCUGCGCGGCCCUCGACGCCGCGGGCAUUGCCUCAAUCCGCAUCGCAGAAGCGAUCCCACUCCGUGGAUCGGGCGCGGCCUGCGACGCCUCGUGCCGCUUCGCGGCCGGCCACACCGGAGCCCUCUUCUUCGGCAAACCGUGCCCUCUGUAUGACAACCCGGAGCCUCUCUGUGUCGUUUCAAGGGGAGUCGUUCUUUUACCAGACCAGCCGCGCUAAGACCGCAUCCCCCAGCCCUACCAGAAAGGCCACGCCUGAGCGGCGGCGAUCUAGUGCCAGUGCCGCUGCACCAAGGAAGAGUGGCGAUCAUUUGGAGAACUCGAAGCCCUUUGAAAACCAUCAUAGAUGGCCAUCCUCUAGAGUCCAACCGUCUAAUUCGUUGGUUGAUGGGUUGAAUUAUUCGUCUGACAAGAAAGAAACGAGCUUGGCUACCUUCAGGUUGCUCCAGCGAUCAAGGAUGUUUGAUGACUGUGCGAGGAGGGCGUCGUUGGAUGGGAUUGAUGUCUCAGCUUCAUUCGAUACGGAUAGCUUCUCCUCUGGGAGCAGUUCGGGUAUUCGCGAAUCCAAAUUGUCGUCCCGGGAAAAGGUGUCUCCCAGUUGGAUCAAUGUGCCAGCAAGGUUUUGCCAGGAGACAAGCAGGACGGGUAGGCAUCCUGAACCAUACUCUCCUGUUUCUUCACCAGAUUCAAGGUCUGCGGGACAGCAAAAAUUGAGCCUAAUAAAGAAACCGUCGGUGGAUGGCUCUUUGUCUUCUCCAAGGUCAGCUUCUUCACCUCUCCGACCCAUGAGAACUCCUUCUCCAAGUAAGCUUGCUGCUUCAGCAACGAGGGGUUUAACUGCUCUUCGGACAAGAAGUAAUGCUUCAUUGGGUACCUCCCCGCUAAGUCACCCAGGCAAUGCACCUUCAAUCAUAAGCUUUGCUGCUGAAGUGCGGAGAACAAAGAAAGGGGAAAAUCGGAUUGAGGAGGCUCACUCAUUGAGGUUGUUUGAUAACCGACAUUUACAGUGGCGAUUUGUUAAUGCCAGGUCUGAUACUGCUCUUCUAGUGGAGAAACUAACUGUAGAGCGCGGUAUGGGAGGAAUGUGGUUUUACUUCAAAAUUAUCCAUAAUGCAUGGAAAACUAUCACAGAGUUGCGUGAUUCCAUCACUAUUAAAAGGAUCAAGCUACAACGUCUGACCCAACAUUUAAAGCUAUUUUCUAUUCUUAAGGGGCAAAUGGCCUCUCUGGAAGAGCUGUUAAUUUUGAAGAGAGAUCAUUCAAGCUCAUUAUCAGGAGCUACUGAAGCACUGAAGGCUAGCACACUUCGUCUUCCUAUAGUUAGUGGAGCCAAGGCAGAUAUCCUGGAAGUCAAGGAUGCUGUUGGCUCAGCACUUAAUAUGAUGCAGGUUAUGGGAUCUUCAAUAUGCUCUCUAUUAUCUAAGGUAGAGGGUGUGAGUAGUUUUGCUUCCGAAAUUACUAAACUAGUUCUGCAAGAGCAAGCGCUUCUCUCCCGAUCAAGAAAUCUCUUGACUACCCUUGCAGCUCUGCAUGUAAAGCAGUGCAGUAUCCAAGGGCAUCUUUUACAACUAAGACGAACAGAAAGCGAGAGAUAAAGCACAGGGAAUAUUCAAUUACCAAACUUGUGAUCACUAACAUGACAGCAAACUCCUCUUUUUUACAUCUGGAGCAUUGUGAAGGUAAUAAAGUGUGAAGAAAUGUUUGCUUGAUGAAAAGUGAGUGCUUUUGUACUACUUGUAUCGUCUUUCCUUGCCUAUUUAUGUAACUUCUUUUUUGUUUUAUAUUCUUUUCCUCUGUUUUUUUUGGUUCUCUCUUUCUGAUUGUAUUGUUGUGUCACCGAACCCCAUACAGAACGUUGUAUUUGUUAUGCUGAUCAAAGAGAAUGUCGUGUAAAAAGUGUUUGUUGCUACUA